AUGACCACUCCCGCCCUGCUGCCGCUCUCCGGGCGGAGGCUGCCCCCCCUGAACCUGGGCGCCUCCGCCUUCCCGCACCACAGGGCUACCUUGAGACUCUCCGAAAAAUUUAUCCUGCUCCUUAUUCUUAGUGCCUUCAUCACCCUGUGCUUCGGGGCGUUCUUCUUCCUCCCCGACUCCUCGAAGCACAAGCGCUUUGACCUGGGCUUGGAGGAUGUGCUCAUUCCUCACGUGGACACCAGCAAAGGGGGCAAGAACCUCGGCGGCUUCCUCAUCCACGGGCAAGGGCACGACGAGCACCGGCACAGAGAAGAAGAGGAACGUCUGAGAAAUAAGAUCCGAGCAGAUCAUGAAAAGGCUCUGGAAGAGGCUAAGGAGAAAUUGAAGAAAUCACGUGAUGAGAUUCAAGCUGAGAUUCAGACAGAAAAGAACAAAGUAGUGCAAGAGUUGAAAAAGAAAGACAGCAAGCCACUGCCCCUUGUUCCUUUACCAAAUCUUAUAGGGAUAAACAGUGGAGAACCAUCAGACCCGGAUAUCCGAGAGAAGAGGAACAAAAUUAAAGAGAUGAUGAAGCAUGCCUGGGACAAUUAUAGGCAAUAUGGAUGGGGACAUAAUGAGCUCAAACCGAUUGCCCGGAAAGGACAUUCCACCAACAUAUUUGGAAACUCACAAAUGGGUGCUACCAUAGUAGAUGCAUUGGAUACUCUUUAUAUCAUGGGGCUUCACGAUGAAUUCAGAGAAGGACAAGAGUGGAUUGACAAAAAUCUUGAUUUCAGUGUGAAUUCCGAAGUGUCUGUUUUUGAGGUCAACAUUCGCUUCAUUGGCGGUCUUCUAGCAGCAUACUACCUUUCAGGACAAGAGGUUUUCAAGAUUAAAGCAGUGCAACUGGCAGGAAAACUUCUUCCAGCCUUCAACACACCUACGGGUAUACCAUGGGCAAUGGUGAAUCUGAAAAGUGGUGUGGGUCGAAACUGGGGCUGGGCUUCUGCCGGCAGCAGCAUCCUUGCUGAGUUUGGUACUCUGCACAUGGAAUUUGUCCACCUCAGCUAUUUGACAGGGGAUCCUGUAUACUACAAUAAGGUCAUGCACAUUCGGAAGUUACUUCAAAAAAUGGAUCGUCCUAAUGGACUUUAUCCAAAUUAUUUGAAUCCAAGAACAGGCCGGUGGGGUCAGCAUCACACAUCCGUGGGCGGGCUGGGAGACAGUUUUUAUGAAUAUUUAUUGAAAGCCUGGCUUAUGUCAGACAAGAUGGACACGGAGGCAAGGAAAAUGUACGACGAUGCAAUUGAGGCCAUAGAAAAACAUCUCAUCAGAAAGUCCAAUGGAGGACUGACCUUCAUUGGGGAGUGGAAGAACGGGCACCUUGAAAGAAAGAUGGGCCAUUUGACCUGUUUUGCAGGGGGAAUGUUUGCCCUUGGAGCAGAUGGUUCCAGAGAUGAUAAAGCUGGACAUUAUUUGCAGCUUGGAGCUGAAAUUGCACAUACGUGUCAUGAGUCAUAUGACAGAACAACAUUAAAGCUGGGUCCAGAAGCAUUCAAAUUUGAUGGUGGCAUAGAGGCGGUGGCAGUGCGGCAGAACGAGAAGUAUUACAUCCUAAGACCAGAGGUGAUUGAGACCUACUGGUAUAUGUGGAGAUUCACCCAUGAUCCCAAGUACAGGCAGUGGGGCUGGGAGGCAACACAGGCAAUUGACAAGUAUUGUCGAGUCAGCGGUGGCUUUUCUGGUGUCAAGGAUGUCUAUUCCUCAUCUCCUACAUAUGACGACGUACAGCAGAGCUUUUUCCUUGCUGAAACUUUGAAGUAUUUGUAUCUGCUUUUCUCCAAUGAUGACCUUCUACCAUUAGACAACUGGGUUUUUAACACAGAAGCUCAUCCUCUGCCUGUUUUACAUUUAGCCAACACCACAUUGUCAGGAAAUCCUGCAUAUCGAUAAAAACAGCUCUAUGAAGAGGAGGAGAGACUGUUUUCAGCUCUGUUUUGUUUACAUGGACCACUUGAGACUUUAAGCAGGAGAGGAGACAGACACUUGAUAAAACUAGACCUCUGAGUCAAGCAAGUACCGGCGUGAGAAACAAAGCUCUUCAACAUAUAGAUAAGUUAAAAAUUCUGUUUUAUACAUGACCAAAACACGUUAGUGUGGUAUUUGCAGGACAGAGACUUCAUGCGCUUUGAACCCUAGCAAGACAUGGAAUCUACUGUUUAAUAUAAACGCAGCAGCAUAAGGAAGAAGAGGCUUUCCCGUCCAGGGAGAGGAACUUGGUGCUGCUGCUCCUGGCUGUUGCAAGGAACAACACACCAGUCAUCUCUUCAGAUCGGGUGGGUUCCAAAUACCUAGAUUUUAUUUUUCUUUUUUUGUGUUUGAUGAUGGCAUGAACAAAGCAACAACAAAAAGCAACAUCACUGCACCAGCAGCAUCAGGAUUUGAAUUUUUUUCUGUACCUGUCUGAAUUUUCUAAGGAGCAUCUGUUUGACCAGACUGGCAGCCAUUCUCAGGGCCUCUAAGCUAUUAAAACUAAACUAUAAACUAUAAAAACUAUUGCCUCCUCAUUUUCCCUUUCCAAAAUAAUGCUGAAAGAUCAGCGUUGUAUGCUUACAUCCAAAAAAACAAUUAGUAAGCAUUUGGUUUGUAGUUCAUUGUCAGCAACGUGGGCUUAGUUCAUUUGGCAAGCCUAAAGUCACAGAGUCUGGAGCAUAUCGCAGGGGUAGGAAGGAGACGAAGUUUCCCUUCCUCACAAGUCCUGUCACAUGGAAAAAAACAUUCUCUUAUUAGUCGCUCUUUUAGCUAAACAAACAGAGACGACAACAUGAGAAAAACAGUCUCUCAUGAUUUAUAUAACAGGAUACAGUAUAUGGCACUUAAAAAUGCUCCCCUUGAGCUAAGCAGCAGGAGUUUGUUGCUUUGUAUUUUUCCACACAAUCGGGAUUUUUCCUAAAAGUUAAAUUUCAUUCUUUGGAUACUAUUCAUGGAACCUUCUUUGCAGGUAUGUGUAUGACAGAAGCCCAAAACUGCCUUUGAUUUAGUUUACAAAACUCCUUUUCUUCUCAGUGCUCCAGUGCAAAGCCAACAUAAUCUUCUUUGGAAACAACGUAACAUCUCUUACAUAUGAGUGGAAAAAGAAACUGAAGAGUCUCUUCUUCCAUUAGUUUAUGAGAAAUGAGAUGCUGUUAUCUGCAUGGGUUUUUUUCCGAGUACUCCUAGGCUGGGCUGGACAAUAUCACUUAAAUGGGGUCUGCUUCAGUCUUCACUUACUGGCUAAAAGAAAUUUUGUCUUUUCAAUUAUAUCUCAGUCUCUUUUUUUUACCAUUGAUCCAGAAUCCUUACAGCUCAAAUUAUUCUUUUUAUUCCCCUUUAUAGCUCUCAAAUCCUUUUGCCGUGGUGACUGGCCUCUUUGCUGAAAAAGAGCUGUGAGGUGCUCCUUUCCCUCCUAAUUAGUGCGCAGGUUGAGUCUUUAAAAAGUCUUGAUUGUGUUUUAGUACUAACGUGAGUGGAAGAACUCUUCAGUGAGCUACAGCAGUACAGCAUCGGAUCUAAAGGGAGUGAGUGCUAUUUCUCCCCCUCAAAAAAUGUUUAUAUAUGAAGUUUUAUAUAGAAAAGCUUUUCUCUCUAUCAUAUUAUAAUAUAUCUGACUGUACAGUAUAGUAGAAUUUCCCCCAUAAAACUUUUCUUUGCUCGUCUUUGACACUAACUUAGACACAGAAAUCAUCACAUGAUCUAAGAAAAAAUGCUAUCAGAUGCUUUUUUCCAGACAGUUACUUUAACUUAAGAGGAGGAAGACAUCGAUCUUGGAAAAAAAACUCCAAUCCCAGUGGUUUUACCUUAAUAGCAGUUACUUAGUUACUGUAAUUUGCAGCAGUAUCUUAAAAAUAAUUUGAGAACUGAUAAAGUAAUUGAUAUAGUAAAUAAUACUGAUUCAAGUAAUUGUUUAUUUAAAAUCAGAAGUAGCUUAAUAAAUGGAUUCUUCUUACUGGUCCCACAUUAAUUUAUUUUUCUAAUUAGUAUUCAGUGACUUAACUGAAGAGCUAGUCAUUUUCCAUUUUCCAAAGUUCAGAUACGUUGUGUUUUCAAGUUGAGUUUUUCCCAUCCCAUAAGAACUGUUAUUAGUUUAAAACUGCACUCGAUGGAUUGCCUUGUUCUCCUAAAUCUCUCUGGGUACAAAGGAGAAAGAGGAAAAGCAGACUUUU